AAGGAGUAUCAUUUUUGUUAAUAUGAAAUCAUUAUUUUGGGAGGGAAUGAGUAUUCAAAGAAAAGCCACAGCAGACAUUCUGCAAAUGUUAAAAGUGAAAUGCUUUUACCGAAGACCUCAGUUACAGUACAAGAACGUCAACCAUGGAACAAAUGAUACUGUUUAACAGAAGUGUACUAACACAAUGUUACAUUUUGCCAUUGACAUGGAAAUUGGCAAGUUCAAAAAGAUCCUAAGGCUAUUCCUUUGGAGCAGGCAUCAAUCGAAGCCGUUCCUCUGGGGCUUGGUUUCCAUGAGAUGAUGACCUUUCCUCAGCCAGAAGAGACUGCAGAUCACUACCAUUCGCCAAACUAUUGAACUCGACAGCUUUGGAAGGCAUUGUGGGAUAUCGCCGUUGACAGAAUGUCAUUAAUCGUUUAACGGAUUGCAAAUACUUGCGAGUUGUUUCAUCAUUCAUAAUAUGGGCCACACUAUUGGUAUAAAUCUUCUCACGUGCUGAACGUUCAUGGAUACCAACCAUAGUAACACCAAUAGGCCAGGGUGCAUUUCCAAUAGCCAUCUUAAUGUAGUGAUCCAUUGCAGCUAAGUAGUCUCGCUUCAUACAGCAGUCAACAACCAACAUCAAAGCUUGUCGAAUAUCAUCAGGAAGAACCUAUAUCCAUAAAUAGAUGAAAGAAAGCCGUGUCAGGACGAACCCAUAACCACUAACAGACACAUGGAAAACAGUGUCAAUAAAACAUAAAACAAGCAUGCCAUUAAAAGGCCACAUGCCAUUAACAAGCAUUGCUUUUCUGUGACCAAUCCAAAAAAAAAACCACAAAACCAAGAAGUGAUGAGCAUUGACAUAAACAGAAAAGAGAGAGUUUUGGCAUAACGGUGAAAUUAGUUUUUGGGUGUCUGCAGCAAAUGGCAAAAUAACUAAAAAAAACUUGGACCAAAAACGUAGCAUUCAGUACGCGCUGUCAAGUUUACUCGUAACUCAACAUAAUUUCUCAAAUGAAGCAUGAUAAGGAGAAAUCAACACAACCAACAUAAAUAAUGGUAACGUAGACUAUGUAGAGGCAAUCACACAGUUUCUAAUCAAUUUCCUCUAGAGUAAUAGUUACCAGGAGUCACGAUCCAGCUAUGCAAAGCAUGUAAGUAGUCAUACUAUCAGGACAACAAGUAAUCAAGAAAGCAAAUUCACAUCAGCUUGUGCACUUCCUAGUACAAUUUAUAGCUUAUAACAGCCAUAAAGGAUAAAGACUAUCAGCAGUAGAUCUGCAUUACAAAAAAUUUCAUAAACUACACCUAAAUAGCUAGGAUCGCAAAAAAAGCUUACUAAUCUCCCUUCAAAGUCCCAAGUAGGGCAUUUGUUCCUACAAUCUAAUUAAACACACAGUCUUCCUCAAUCUUGGGGAAGAAACAAGCAAUCCUAUCGUCACUUAAACAUCAAAAGGCUACAACGAGCAAUCAUUUCAAAUUAAAAGAAGAAGAAAGUUCCUCCAUUCCCAUGAACCACCAUAAAAACUAGGGAUUCAAGGUACAAUGGUCAGGGAAAGAUAAACAAGACAAGCAAAGGAGUGACAGAUACCUUCUUUCUGCAGAACUUGAACAAAGGAUGCAAGUACCGAGCACACUGCUUAAAAGUGGCAACCAUGGAUUUCCCCUUAGCAGUCCUCUUCUCAACAUCAGUCAUCUCAUCAAGCUCCUGAUUCCACUCAUUCAACAACUUCUUGAAAAACACCAGAAUCUUAUCCUCUUCGCACAGCUCUUCGAAAUUCGUUUUCAUCCUCUUCAAAUCCUUAUCAUGGUCUACCCCAGAAGAAGCUCCAUCCCCACUCAAAUCAUCAUCAUCGCCACUUCCUUCCUUAUCCUCAUUGGCUUCCUCCUUCGCCUUCCUUUUUCUAUCACUCAUAAUUCCCGUCUUCUGACGCUUCUUUAAUUCCACAAUGUCACGCAGGAAAUCGUUGGUCUGCCCCUCCGUCAUAUCGCUAUCAUCAACUUCAAAGAGACCUGCUUUCAGCACGAACCUCAACCGAUCGAGCCGCGCCUCAUCAUCUUCCCCGAAGAGGGUUAUAGGCUGUUUGAGAAAACGGAGUCGGCGGAUAACCUCCUGUUUCGGCAGAUUCAGCCCGUCGAUUUUCUGCUCAUCCGUUAGGGUUUUGGAGGACGAGGAAGCUGAUUCAAUUUUAGAUUUGGAAGCAUCGGACUUGGAGUUUGAGGUUGAAUUAGAGCCAUCACUCUGCUCCUUGAGUUGUUUCUGGCGAAGGGCUUUAGCCUCAGCUUCCCGCUUCUCUUCCUCCCGUAAUUUCUGAAGACGUUUCUGUUCGAUUUCGGAACGCUUGAAGAACUUCUUCCCUCCGGUUUCUUCGGCUAAACUUUGACGUUUCUUCAAUAAUUCUUGCUUCAGUAUGUCCAUGAUUUCCCGAAAUCAGCUUCUAAACUCAAAAAUCAACACCAAUGAAGACGAAGGAUACAGCUAAUACCCAACGGAAAACCUAGAUUUACAACGGCGCCGCCCUUCUUUGUCCUUCGCGACGGACGGCAGCGCGGUAAGGAAAAGUCUAGAAAUACCCAGUUUACUCACUAAAUUAUUAUGGUACUACACCAUACGGCGUCGUCUCUUUAUAAUAGCCUAAAAGGGGCAAAUAAACCGGCUUACAAUUGAGGUCCUUUCAAAACUGUAAAUAAAUCACAACAAUUUCUCUUCCUUCCCUAAUCGGACCUUAUUUUAACUAUUCAGUGCACCGGCGGACGACACCGGCGAGAGCAAAUUAAAGAGAAUAAACAGCCAACAGAGAUGACUACAAUCAGAAGAUUUUGCUGCAACGAUUUACUUCGUUUCGCCUCCGUGAAUCUUGACCAUCUAACUGAAACCUUCAACAUGUCGUUCUACAUGACGUACCUUGCAAGGUGGCCGGACUAUUUUCACGUGGCAGAGGCUCCUGGGAACCGAAUCAUGGGAUACAUUAUGGGGAAAGUUGAAGGUCAGGGCGAAUCAUGGCAUGGUCAUGUCACAGCAGUGACUGUGGCUCCUGAAUAUCGCAGGCAACAAUUGGCCAAGAAACUUAUGAACUUAUUGGAGGAGAUUAGUGAUAAGAUAGACAAGGGUUACUUUGUGGACCUUUUCGUAAGAGCGUCAAAUACACCAGCCAUAAAGAUGUAUGAGAAGCUUGGCUAUGUAAUAUACAGACGGGUGUUGCGUUAUUACUCAGGGGAGGAGGAUGGCUUAGGUGGGUACUUCCAUUCCAUCUAAAAUAAGGUGCCUAAUAGAGUUUUUACGCCAAGUUGAUAUUACCACUAAUUUGUUUGUGCUUUUUCAAUUUCAGAUAUGAGAAAAGCUUUAUCCCGAGAUGUAGAAAAGAAGUCUAUCAUCCCCUUGAAACGGCCUAUAACUCCAGAUGAGUUGGAGUAUGACUAGAUUUUAAACUUCGUUUGAUGAACACGAGAUGCUUUGGCAUGGUUUUGUUUUAGGACAUGAUAAUUAUCUUGGUUUUUAGUUAGGGCAUAUAGCCACAAUAUAUGGAAGUUGUGCACGUUUGAAGAAGCAGUUCUCAAUUGUUACCAGUUUGAAAACUUUGAACCCUGACAUUCGCACCAUUGUUUUCUGGAUUGUGAACUUUGGACCUUUGAUGCAUAUUGUGUGUUUUACUGUUUUUCACUAUAAUUAGUAAUAGUUGGGCGGUGAGUGACUAUUACUUAUUAGUCGCCCAUGAUCUGUUGCCAUGCAGAAAAAAGGUGGCCUAAGCCUGACUAUGGUUUUAGAACUUAUGGCCCUCUUUAGCUCUUUAUAUAAUUAACUUAAAGCCUGCAGAAUGGCUAGUGCAUGAAGUUUUGAGUGAUCCGUCAUUUCUGCGAUCCUUUUGGUUUAUUAGGUGUCACCGACUAAUGCAGGAAUUAUUUCGACUGUAAAGUAUUGAACCAUUGGUAGUGUUACAAAUUCUGUCCCACAUGAGAGGGUGCAACACGAUCAAAUGCUAGCUAAUGUAAAGAUACACUUGGGCCUAUUCACUCAGAGACGAUUGAUUUUGACCUGGAUUCUCAAGUUUCUAAUAGGCGGCUAGUCUUUAAUCGUGUAGGUUUUCCAAAGUGGGGCAAAUCUAUAACAGGUUGCGCUGGUACUUAUCAACAUAGGGGGUCAGGCCUCAGGGGUUUCUUAACAAAAGCAAACUGGGAAAUAUCUUCUCUCCACUGAGUAAAACUGGAGAGAGUAACUUUCAUAUAUGCAAUCAGAUAUAGAUUGGUUAAGAAUUCGGACAGUGGGGACUGGGUGGAUCAUGGGC